AUGAGCUCCGGACCCACACCUGGUCGUCAUUUUUAGAGGGCAAGAGCGAGCUUCACUUCUCUGGUGAAAAUAGUGAGAAAGAGAGAUUCGCUUUGGCAGAGGGAGAACCUGAUGGCCUCCAAAACCCUAACAGAGUUCUUCCCACCUGCAAAGCGCCUUAAACCUCUCCCACCCGUAGAAACCCUAAACCCUCCGUCUUCUCUUUCAACCGUCUGCAACUCUUACAAUAAGGAUUCCUCUUCAAAUCUCACCCCUGAUGAGAAAUCGAGGAUCGAAAUCAACCGGUGUUUUGCCCUUGCAAAGAGAAACUUGCGCAUUUGCAAUGAAAGAGUCUCGAAAGCCAGAGCUGAGGGGCUCACAUUUGUAAAGUUAGAAGAGCUUUUGGUGGAGAAAACAUGGUUAGAAGCUCUCCCUGGUGAGCUUGGGAAACCCUACAUGAAGAAUCUAUGCGAGUUUGUGGGGCGAGAGGCAAGGGGAAGCACACCUAUCUAUCCACCGCCAUUUCUUAUUUUCAAUGCUUUGAACUCGACCCCUUUUGAUAGGGUGAACGUUGUAAUUCUUGGUCAGGAUCCCUACCAUGGACCAGGGCAAGCAAUGGGCCUUUCAUUUUCAGUGCCACAAGGGGUCAAGAUUCCAUCGAGUUUAGUCAAUAUCUUCAAGGAACUUCAACAAGAUGUGGGCUGCUCUAUUCCAUCUCAUGGAAAUCUUGAGCGAUGGGCUGUACAGGGUGUUCUUUUGCUCAACGCUGUUUUGACUGUGAAACAUCAUCAAGCCAACUCCCAUGCAAAAAGAGGUUGGGAGCUAUUUACUGAUGCCGUCAUUCGAGCAAUUUCACAUAAGAAAACUGGAGUUGUUUUCCUUUUAUGGGGCAACUCGGCUCAAGAAAAGGCCAGGUUAAUCGAUGCCUCGAAGCACCAUGUCUUGAGAUCAGCUCAUCCAUCUGGUCUUUCUGCACACAAAGGCUUCUUUGGAUGCAGGCAUUUUUCUCAGACGAAUCUGAUAUUGGAAAAAGCAGGGGUUUCCCCAAUUGAUUGGCAACUGUAGUUGUGCAUGAGUCAUCCCAUUAAGUGACCAGUACGCUCUAUAUCUUAAAGGUUAGAGCUUACACCUGAAGAAUUUGGGAUUUUGUGGAGAUGGAAAACCAGCAUGUACUGGAAGAAGAAUUCUGGCAAAUCAAGAAAGAAUGCUUGGGCAAUUUUGUUAAUUUAUAUGUAAUAUAGCAGUCUUUGCCCUAGGUUCAGAUAUGAAUAGGCAAGCCAAGGCUUGUCGGCACUUUUGAUGUAUAAAUUAGGCUUCCAAGACUGUUUGGCAGUUUUUGGCAAAUCAAGAAUGCUCGGGCAAUUUUGUUAAUUUACAUAUCUCAGUUGGGUUGAUCCGAAUCAGAAAGGUCCAUGUUGGACUUAGACCCCAUUGCAUCUGGAUCUAUUGAAACUAGAGGGGACCUGUUGGGUCCUUUUUCAAGAUGCAUGCUCUUUGGUUCGAGUCGGUGAGUCAUUGGGUCGACCAACCCCCACCGGAUCAACUUGACCAUGUUAGCAGCCCUAAUUGGAAUAGCUUUUACCAUCUGAUGCACCUUAUUGAUGAAUGGUGGAAGAAGCUAUAAUUUUAUUUGAUGGAUAAUUUAUUUUCAAGUGUAUUUACAGAUCAUCUUCCAUUCUCAACCAAGCGUUUUAUGAGGUUUUGUA